ACACACCCGCAUACACGGCAGGCUGUAAGCGUUAGCCUCCUGAUCGGUUUAGAUCGACUCUUUCUGCAGAUUUUUAGGGGACGGAUCAGGAUUCUCCACUCCUCUUCUCUAACGAAGCUGUCCUGUUCUGCUUCCAUCCUGUUUCGCUCUCUCUGCCUUUCUCUCAGAGCUUUGUUCUAAUUUUGGAAACAUGGAACCUCAGGGAGUGCUCUCCCGAAGCUAUUUACAUCCUUGCUGCUCUUCCUCCCCUUCAUACUCCUCCUCUUCUCUUCCUCUUGUCAGCCAGGAGGUGAACAGUGAGACGAUCCUUUGAUGUAAGAGAACACAGAAAGCUCGACUUCUCCUUCGUCUGGAAAUUUUUUGGUUGUUCAGCUCUCAGAAUUGUCCAGCAGGAUGGGGAUUACGCAGUGCUAGAUGGUUUCCUUCUGUUGGGAUUUUGGACUUCAAGCAGCCACUGCAACAGAAGAAACAAACUUCUGUUCCUGAGCUGACAGGUACCUGACAAAGUGUUUCUGUUUUCUGGAGCCAGCAGAGGACUUAAGAAGAUCUAUGCAAGCUUGGUGUUUUCUCAUCUACUUGGACUCAAAUCCCUCAAUCCUAUUGGAGAGUAGGCUUCCUGGAACUCACACCUACUAUGACAGAGAAGAGGAUUUUACUCAAGGUGAUGUUGGCCCGUUAGUACAAUUGAAACUGAACAGCCACCGGAGCUCUAAGGAAAUUUGCGAUCUCAACUGAGACUGGAUUACACAAUGAAAACUUUUUAGAGUAUUUAUUCACACUUAACAGGACAAUUUACACAUAAUUUGUAUUUUUUACAAUUUGUGGCAGACAGUUCUUCCUAAGCUAUGCUAGUACCUCUAAAGAGCUGACAUUUUUUCUUUUCACAAACUUAAGCAGCAGCUCUUGUCCUGGCAUGCUGUUACAUCCCACCGUGUCAGGAUUGUGCACCAUGCUGCAGACCAUCUACGAGACUGAGUCUUGUUUUUCCUCUGCCAGCACAGACAGCCACCACCAGCCUCUGGAGCUCCUGAGUGACAGCAGGGGCUCCGGUGCUGACAUGACCGCUGCUGUCAUGGAGGUGAAGAGCAGCCUCCCAUCAGGCAUGCAGAGUCCAGUUGAAGCAACAUGUGAGCAGAGAGGAGGUGGUGGUGAAGGGGGUGGCUGUAUUCCUGGAGAAGGCCCAGGUGGAGGCGGAGGCCCGGUGGACUUGAGGACAGAGCCCAGGUUGGGCUCUGUGUCUAGUGGGGGAGCAGUGGAUACAGCCCUGAGAGAGCAGCAGCUUCAGCAGGAACUUGUGCUUCUCAAACAGCAACAGGAACUCCAGAAGCAGCUGCUAUUUGCAGAGUUUCAGAAAAAACAUGAAGUGUUAACAAGGCAGCACGAAGUCCAGCUGCAAGAGCACUUAAAGCAACAACAGGAGCUGCUGGCAGCAAAGCGGCAGCAGGAGUUGGAGCAUAAGAGAAAACUGGAGCAACAAAGACACGAAGAACAGGAGAAACAGAGACUGGAGCAACAACUGUUGCUGCUGAGAAACAAAGAGAAAGGGAAAGAGAGUGCCAUUGCCAGCACAGAGGUGAAGCUGAAGCUUCAGGAGUUUCUUCUCAGUAAGAAAGAACCUGGUCCAGGAGGACUCAACCAUUCCUUCUCCCCAAAGUGCUGGGGAAGCCAGCACACGUCUCUAGAGCAAAGCUCCCCCCCUCAGAGUAACACCCCCGGAACCCCUCCCUCCUACAAACUCCCCCCUCUUCUCGGAAACUACGAGGGCAAAGACGACUUCCCACUUCGGAAGACAGUUUCAGAGCCGAACCUGAAGGUUCGAUCUAGACUCAAGCAGAAAGUGGCAGAGAGGCGCAGCUCUCCAUUGUUGCGCAGGAAGGAUGGAACUGUCAUCAGCACCUUCAAGAAAAGGGCUGUUGAGAUAUCAGUCUCCUCCCUUUGUAACAGUGCUCCAGGCUCAGGUCCCAGCAGCCCCAACAGUUCCAAUACGGCCAUCGCCAACGGAAACACGGGAUCAGUCCCCAACAUACAAACCGAGCUGAGAUCUCUCCAUCAGACACUGGGGGCUGAUGGGACAUUGAGUCCUCUUAGCCUCUACACCUCACCCUCCCUGCCCAAUAUCUCCCUAGGCCUCCCUGCCAAUACACACAUCACACCACCCCAGAAACUGUCCACCCAGCAGGAAGCAGAGCGUCAGGCCAUCCAGUCCCUACGAGGGGGAGGAGCUCUAACUGGGAAGUUUCUCUCCACUUCCUCCCUACCAGCAGGUGCGGCACAUGAUGUGGAGACUCCGCCCCCCGGUUCUCAUUCAGCCCAUUCCUCGUUGUUGCAGCACGUCCUGUUGCUUGAGCAGGCCCGACAACAGACCGCUAUGUUAGUGCCCAUGUACAAUCAGUCACCGCUGGUUACUGCAGAGAGAGGUGUAGCCACUGGAAUGCGGCCUGUCAACAAGCUGCCCCGCCAUCGACCGUUGGCUCGCACACAGAGCGCUCCUUUACCCCAGUCGCCCCAGGCGCUGCAGCAGCUGGUGGUCCAACAGCAGCACCAGCACUUCCUGGAGAAACACUACAAGAUGCUAUCGAAGGGGGGAGACCUCCCUAGACCACCACCAACUCACCCUGAGGAGACAGAGGAGGAGCUAACAGAGACCAAUGACAUGCAGGAGGAUGAAGGCGCGGCUCCUAACAGCCUGCAGAAAGAAGGAUCAGACGACAGCAGCCACUCAUCUGAGCGACUGGCCAGCCACUUGAAGGGGGAGGAGGAAUCCAGGGUUAUCCAGGUCAAAGGCGAGAGCACGGAGAGUGAGCUAGAUGAAGAUGAAGAGGAUGAUGAUGUCAUUCAGCUAAGGGAGAGCGAGGAAGAGGAAAGGGGCAGCUACAUACAGCAGUCCUUGCAGCAUCUGAGCGUGUUUUCAUCCUCGCUGCCCCACAGAGCUCUGGGAAGAGCCAAGUCAUCCCCUGCAACUGCUGUCAACCCCAUCAAACACCUCUUCACCACCGGGUUGGUGUAUGACAGCCUGAUGCUGAAGCAUCAAUGUGUGUGUGGCAAUGCUCACAUUCACCCAGAGCAUGCUGGGAGAGUCCAAAGCAUCUGGUCCAGACUGCAGGAAACAGGCUUACUGAGCCGCUCUGAGAGGAUUCGUGGGAGAAAAGCAUCUCUAGACGAAAUCCAGUCGGUCCAUUCAGAGUUCCACACCCUGCUGUAUGGAACCAGCCCGCUCAAUCGGCACAAACUGGACCACAAGAAGCUUCUGGGUCCUAUCAGUCAGAAGAUGUAUGCUGUUCUGCCCUGUGGAGGAAUAGGGGUGGACAGUGACACUGUGUGGAACGAAAUGCACUCAUCAGCAGCAGUUCGCAUGGCAGUGGGCUCAGUUAUUGAGCUGGCCUUUAAGGUGGCUGCAGGGGAGCUGAAGAACGGCUUUGCAGUUGUGCGUCCACCUGGUCACCAUGCAGAGGAAUCCACAGCCAUGGGCUUUUGCUUCUUCAACUCAGUAGCCAUCACUGCCAAACUGCUGCAACAAAAGCUAGGAGUAGGGAAGAUCCUCAUUGUGGACUGGGACAUUCACCAUGGCAACGGCACCCAGCAGGCCUUCUACAACGAUCCCAAUGUGCUCUACAUAUCUCUGCAUCGGUACGAUGAUGGAAACUUCUUUCCUGGCAGUGGAGCACCAGAGGAGGUGGGCUCAGGUGCAGGAGUUGGCUUUAAUGUAAAUAUAGCAUGGACUGGAGGAGUAGAGCCUCCUAUGGGUGAUGUGGAAUACCUCACUGCUUUCAGGAGUGUGGUAAUGCCCAUUGCCCAGCAGUUCAGUCCAGAUGUGGUCCUGGUGUCUGCAGGCUUUGAUGCAGUGGAAGGUCAUCAGUCUCCUCUGGGUGGCUACAAUGUUUCUGCACAAUGUUUUGGUAAGCUAACACAGCUGCUGAUGGGACUGGCAGGUGGGCGGAUUGUAAUGGCGCUAGAGGGUGGCCAUGACCUAACUGCUAUCUGUGACGCAUCAGAGGCCUGCGUCUCUGCCCUCCUGGGAGAUCUGUGUGACUCUGGGUUUCAGUGGCCUCAGGAGAAGCCAUGUCCAAAAGCCUGUGCCUCCCUGGAGAGAGUCAUAGACAUCCAGAGUAAGCACUGGCCUUGUCUCCAGAGUGCGUCUCAAACCAGUGGCCCCUCUCUCCUGGCAGGGUCCCCUGUGGCCCCAGGCCAGUCUGAGAGGGACGAGGCUGAAACACUCAGUGCCAUGGCCUCUCUAAGUGUUGAUGUGGACCAGCCAGGCUCUGUUCCUGAAAACAGAGAAUCUAACAGGUCUACAGAGGAGCCAAUGGAGGAAGAGCCUGUUUUAUAAAGAGGAGCUGACCUAAAGCAUCCAAAAACACCUUCACCUCCUUCUAGCACCUUCUUGUCCUCCUGUUCCUGCUCCUCCACAGAGUGUGUAUGUACACCAACACACACACACAUGUACGCAUUCACAGUGUGGAACUGAAUUGUCGUGGAGGUCUCAGAUUAGCUGAGAACAUCCAAAUAAGGCAGGCAAAGGCAAGUCCUGUACAAAACAGGGGUGCCUCUCUUUUCUUCUGGUUCAUCCAUCCAAAGAUUCGCAGACGACUUGUUCGCAUCUUCAUGGAAACCAAAGACAAGGAGCGUCAGCAAGGUUGCAAUUUCUGUACACUACCUGUACACAGCAUCGUUGAACCUUGUCCAGUCAUUCUUCUUUUAUAUUUCCUACCUACUCCUCUGAUUCCACUGAGGGACUUUUACUGUGGAAAUAAAAAACUUUAAUCUGGUCAAAAUGUUUGACAACAAGCUGACGACUUGUCUUCUUGUGUCUGUCAAAGAAAACGAGUAGUUGCUUGUUGGAAGGGUAACUCGUUUUACAAGGAGCGGGAGAGCAAGAACUCAAGGUGCCUUUUUUCUGUCUAACACAAACUAUUCAAUCAGAAUCCACACAUCACUGCCAGUGCACCUCAGCCAACCAAGCAGCCCACGAGGACUGAAGAACCGGCCAGAUAGCGCACAUACACUGCUGUUGUUUCAGUCGCUUGGUGUAUAUUUGUUUCAUCAUCUGAAUGCCUUAGUUUUUCAUUUUUUUUGUGACAAAGAUGAGUAGAGGGGAUCAGCAGAGCUCAUAAGCUGUAAUCUUUCCAGGUAUUCCCAAAAUACUUAUUUGGUGUUUCCUAAGAGUUGUACCAGUGGAAAUGUUUGUCAAAAAGCUUAUCUGAGUGUUAUUAUUGAAGUUAAUGUAAUAUAAUGAUACUGAGGAAACAAUCUCAGGAUCAGCUCAUCUUCUACAAAACUAGACAUUAUACUGCAGCCCUUCAAACUCACUUUGUUGUUUCUGUUGAAAGUCAUGUGACCCGAGUCCCACCCCUUUCUAUCUUCCAAAAAUAAUUUUAGAUUGUGGUACUUUUUAAAAUACCACAAUUACCACCCUUUUUUUGUUUUUCAUUUUGAGUGUAAUAUUUUCUUUUUGCUGUAAAUACCGUCCACCAAACAGUUGCGCAUAGCAACAUCACAGCAUCUGUAGUUUGUUUUGUUUUUACUAUAUCUGUACAUACAUGUAUGUAUAAACUACAGAAUACUUUCUCUUUUUGUAUGACAAGCAAAAAUAAUGUGUAAACUGUGUUUUAUCCAAUCAGAUAAGAUUUAUGAAUAUACUCUAUUUGAGGAUCUGGUGUUUUAAAAGUUUGGCUAUUUGACAGAAAGUUGGUGCACGGCUUGAUGGCACCCGCUGUCACCGCAGCCUGCUUGUUUGUUUGUUUACAGAUGCCAAGGGACGAUAGGAUGUUGAAUCUUUUUGGAGGAGAAUGUUGCGCUCAGGUUUCUCUGGCAGGACCACUGCUCUGUACUGCCCUCCUCAGGCAAGCAGCACAUAGGAGGUGUUCAAAUCAAUUGUCAUGACUGGCUUAGUAGGUGGGUCCAGUGACUGUGGCUUUGUAUUCCAACAGAUUAUCACAGCAUGUUCCUAAAUCCCAGACAUGUUAUAUAUGAGGGAACGGACAGAUGGUAGCAAUGUUCAGACUUCCUCUCCACGAUAGACAGAAAACUAAUGUGUCCUUCAAAGUAUUGUUUGUCAACAAACUUCUUACAAGCAAUUAGUCCUUUUAAAGUAGAACACACAUGCUCAUUGACACAAGCUUUACAAGUAUAAUGAAACAGCUUUUGUGGAAAGCGUCACCAAUGGUGCAAAAGAUAAAGAAUGCAGAGUUUGAUAGCGACCAUUUUAGCUUAUGUGAAGGCAGAAGUAGGUGAAAAACAUUUAGGGUACCAAUCCAUAGUCAGCAGGUCACUUUGGUUUUUAAUAUUCUUGUUUGUAAAGGUUUCUGAAGACAUUUUACAUUAAUUAAAUACUUUCAAUAAUAAAACUGUCCCAAAUAACGUAAUGAUUUAGACCCCAGACUGGUAACACACAGUUUUCACCUCAGCCUCACAGCUUAACUGAACACAUUCAGAAAAGAGCAGACUGGGAGGUAAGAGUUAUGCCUACAUUUGAAGGUGGUGCUAGUUUCCACACAACUUCCUCAUGAGAGCAGAAAUAUUUUUAAACAGCUGAAUAUGUCUUUGUUGUAAGCAGGGAGAACAGUGUAGUUGCCUUGUUACAGCAAACUGAGCAUCAAUUCACAGAAAAAGAUGGAUUAGAGACUGCAGUACACUGUACCACAAAAAAAACUGAUUUCUCUGCCACUUUCACUGGCCUCUCAUUAAAAGGACUUUAAACUGUCAGAAUAGUUUGGAAACAUGUUAACUUUCUAAAAACCUUAAUUUGAGUUUGUGCCUCAUUUAUAGGCACAAACCACUCGUGCAGAUGAUGCUUUGGCUCAGCUGCCAGAUGAUGUUAAAAUAUUUAUCACAAACCAUUAUUACCGUGCUUAUUUCAGGUCAAAAAGAAGGUCAACGUUGUAUUGAACAUUGACCUUCAACAUGCUAACUUUAGCAGUUAGCAUAUUGGUUACUUGCUAAUUGCUAAACAUAUCCUUCCUUGGAUCAAACUAUUAUUUAAACAUACCAGUUCUUGUUUGUAACUUGAAAUGAGUAACUUCAUAAACUGACAAACCCCAUCAUCUCCUGAAGUUGCAAAACCUUAGAGCUGGACCUAUCUAUUAAUCAGUGCUGUAAAAACAUUCUAUAGAGACAUAGAGAAGCUCACAUUAAGUCACUUAACUAGGCAUGCUGUUAAGUGAUGCCUAGUUACUUAACAACAACUAGGCAUCUAUGGAUGUAACCCUAGAGGUUACAUCCAUUUAGCAAUAUCAGACCAAUAGAAUGCAAAAGAUCAAUGUAUCCCACUUCAGUGUUGAUGUGCACAACAGAUAGCAUCACUGCCUACAUAAGUUUUGGGGCUCUCUGCUUUUAUACCUGGUUCAGUGCUGUUUGUAUUUUUUUUCAGGUUGGACUGAUUUAUCAGAUUUAUGGCUUUCAUGCUACAUAUAUUUUUUGUCUUUCUGCACUAGUAGGCAACCUCAUCUCUCAAACUGUCAGUCACUAAUAUGAAGCCUGACUUCGUUGUAUCAUGUAGCCUUGUAGUUACAUUUAGAUAAUGUUUAUGUGUGUUAAAUAAUUUUGAUUCCUUCCUAAGGCCUCCUUGAGAGAGAGAGGUGACAGAUAUUCUCAGCAGGACUCCCUGAGAGAUGGAGGUGUUAGUUGCUCCCAGCAGAGUUUUACAGUCCUACAAUAAACUCUGCUCUGUGCUACAAAGCCGUUGCUUUGAAGCUAUACAACGUGUCCUAUUCGACGCCGUGCCUGGAGCAAGAAGGAUUUCAAUUUACCCAACAGUGCGGUAGACAGGUGAUGUCAUGGGCCUGGGAACUGAAAGCUAAAAUUCACCAACAAGUGUGAUGGUGCAGGAUACUGAACCUAUUAAUAGUCAGCUGAAGUUUAAAUAAGCACAAAUCAAUUGAAGGGAUAAUUUGGAUCUUUAAAGUGAAGGUAGUGUCAGUUAUAGUUUGAUAAACUGUGAUUGACAGACAACAUGUUCCUGUGGUAUUCAUAGAAAAGUGAAGAAAACCUCAUUAUGUUGGAUGGCUAGCAGUUAAAUCAGAGGGUUAAUUCUAGCCAGCUAAAACAAGUCAAACAUAAAAAAUGUUUAUAUCUGUCAGAUAACAUGCAAUAUUAGCAGAUAUUUAAUAUCGACACUUUUGCAAGAGACUUUUGUUCUUUUGUCAAAGCAACAAACUCAACUACAGUAUCUGAGGCUGCAUGUAGCACAUCUUCUUGGAUAAUUCCCAAACAACUGCAAGGUUUUGAUAAUCAUUCUUAAUUCCAUUGGACAAAUGGCAGCUCAACAGCAAAGUUAACUUUACGUUUGUGAACUUUACAGUUGAUUGGUGAGUGACAGCAGAUUGAGACCACAAACACAAUUGAGAGCGUAGAAGGCUAACAGUCAAAUGGAGCAUUGUUGCAGCAAAUUAUUGCAAUUCAAAACAACUUAAACUGCAUGAUCAAAUACUAAUAAUGUACAUCAUCCAUUUGUGAAAAACUGACAUGUGAUGGGGAAGGAAAAUUAACAUAAACUCACAACUUCCCUAUUGCAAGGCGACUGCUUUUCCCACUGAGAAAUCACCCUAUACAGUAUGUAUUACUAAGUUAAACUGUUUGCUCAGUCAAAGAACAUCCAUGUGAUGGCGCAAAGUGCGAUUGGCAGAGACAGCCAGCUGUUGGAGCGGGAUUAUUUCUGCAUAAGACCUGGAAAAGGACUGGAACAUAUUUGAUGUGUCUGCACAAAUGGCAAAAUCCAGAGCUUGAUAUCAUUCUUAUCAGACUUUGACUGACUGGCGUAGCUGGCAGCCUCAGCAAUGACAACUAGAAGACAGGAACAAGCUUACUGAUUUCUAGUAAAAGAGCACAUACACAGCAUUGUGUCCAACAGAUGGAAACAUUUUCAGUUUGAGUGGUUUUGAAGUGUCUAUCUGGAUAAGGAUUUCCUUCAAGGUUCUACAACCUCACUGUGACCUCUGGCCACCCCAGGUAAGAGAAGUGUCACUGAUAACAUCACAAAGCCUCACUUCAAGAGUUACAAGCUAUUCCUUUAAUAGUGAUGUGGAUCAGCAAGCAGCAAUUACCACCACAUUCUGUUGAGCCCCCCCAUGCCUCCUGAAGUCAAAAGCUUUUAUAUGCCAAAUGUGACAUUUCUUGAGAAUUUGCUUACAUUUUAUGGUCGUUUAAGGAACUGCAGUGUAAAGGUUUUAAAAUGCAUCAUUUCCAGGUAUGCUGUCACCACAACCUGAGACUUUUCUAUGAACCGUUGCAAGUGGAAACUAACAGUUUUCACAUGUAUUUAUUGUUUUACCCUAAUAGUGUAUUAUGAUAUUAGUUCACUGAGACCAAAACUCAAAACUCCACCAAACCUAAAUGUGGUGAUGAUUGCCUCACAUUGUGUACUCACAUGUUGUCUCUCAGCUCACAUUUCUUUCUGACAAACAGAAUACAGAGAAAAAGCGGAUUGACUGAAAGAAGUGUUUAAUGUUGUGAAGGUGUUUCACAGCUCUAAUGUUGCUAUACACACUGACUCUUUUGCUACUUAAAUUGAUCCUGUAUAUUUCUUCACGUUUGAGCCCGUGGUGUAACUGUUGUGUCCUGUAAAGCCGUGUUGGGGGGGUUACAUUGGAACCCCAGGCUUUGGGUAGAGAGCUUCAUUCUCUGCCUCUUUUCUCCCAGUUUCUGGGGAGGAAGACAUUCUCUCUGUUUGCUUUCUUUCUUCAGGGUUAUCACUGAAGAGGUUUCAGAAAACAGCAUUUAUUUUUGUUGUUGCUGUUGUUGGAACUUAUCACAAACACAUUCCUGAAUUAUCUCCAUCCAUAGUGUAAUUUUUCUUUUGCAGAUUGCUGUUGGCAACGGUCCUGUCUAGUUCUCGCUGAUUCACAUGUAAAUAAAGUUCAUAUUUGUGUACACAUGUGCAAUACACGCUACUCAAGCAAUCUGUUACUGUGACAAAUAUUGAUAAUUGCUACUUUUUGAAGUUUCAAAUUAUUUUUGCUCCUUGUCCUGAUGAAGGAUUAUGUUGCAAGAUCUUAAAAAAAGGGAAAGUAACUAUUGUGAUUCUUCACACUCAGUUUAAAUUCAGGGGUUUGCUGACAUUUUAAUGAAGCCCUUUUGUUUUUAAAACACUCACUGUACUGUUGUGACGAUUUAAUUAUUAUUUUUUUAUUAAUAUUUUAAAGUGGGCUUGUUAAGUUUGUCUGGAAACUCAAUAAAGCAAUUCACGGACCGUU